AUGGUCAAGGUAAUGGCAAACAUAUUAAAAAGUGUGUUAAAUGCAAUUAUUUCUCCUAACCAAAGUGCCUUUAUUCCUAGGAGAUUAAUCACUAACAACAUCAUGGUAGCCUAUGAAACUUUGCACACCAUGAAAGUGAGGAAGAAAGGGAAAGUAGGGAAUAUGGCUAUCAAGCUUCAUACGUCAAAAGCCUAUAAUAGGAUUGAAUGGUCAUAUUUGCAAGCUGUCAUGGAGAAAAUGGUUUUCUGCACCAAAUGGAUAGAGCUAGUUAUGAAGUGUGUGUCAUCUGUUACAUACGCAGUACUUGUAAAUGAAAAACCAGUGGAAAGGAUCAUGCCUUUGAGAGGUUUGAGUUCUAAUUCAAAGGAGGAAGACAAGAGGAGGAUCAUGCAGAGUGAUGGAGCUGUGAUGAAAGGAACUUAUGAGUCUUAUUUGGGGUUAUCUCCAGUCGUGGGAAAUUCAAAAGAUAAUGCUUUUAGGAGUAUUAAAGAGAGAGUGUGGAAGAAGAUCAAUAAUUGGAAGAACUCAUUUCUGUCAGCAGUAGGGAAAGAAGUUUUGAUUAAAGCAGUUCUUCAAGCAGUGCCAACUUAUACAAUGAGUCUGGGAAAGAAUGGGGAAACAGAAGGGGAAAGGGGGAUUGGCCCAGGUUAUGGGGAUAUAGAAAGUUUUAAUUUGGCUCUUCUAGCUAAGAAGGGGUGGAGGUUACUUCAAAACACUUCUAGCAUGGCUACAAAGAUCAUGAAAGAAAAAUAUUUCAAUGACAAGUCUCUAUUAGCAGCAAAACUGGGCCAUAGGCUCUCUUAUCUUUGGAGAAGUGUGUGGAAUGCCAUGAGCCUAUUGAAGGAGGGACUGAGAUGGAAGAAGAUGAAGACCAAUGAAUCUGACCUACUGGCACUGUGGGAUAAACUUAGGGAGAAACUGAAUGAGGCUGAGAUAGAGGAGGCAGUUACAAUGAUGAGGGGUUUAUGGUUGAGGAGAAAUGAAAGUAUUGUUGAGGAUAAAUUUAAAACCCCAAGUCAAGUCAUAAGAACAACCAAGAACGAUUUGCUGGAGUUUCAAUAG